AGCAACUUUCAAAGUUUCAGAGCAGCUUUAAUAAGGAAGAAAAUAGUUAAAGGAGUGAGUGUUUUGCCACCUGCUGGUGUUUUAGAAGUACUGCACCCCAUACAUCCUUUUUUAUUUGGUGACAACAAGCCAAAGAAAAAGCCAACAUUUGUCAACAUAAAGCAACUUACACACGCAUAGUCUCCGAGGCGCGUUGGAGAGUGUCCAGUAACAAACGUGUCCGCAUCGCUCCUCUUACCGUGUCACGAUUUCUCUGGAAUUAUUCCACUUUGCAUCAGUCCAUCUUAGAUGAGCUCGGGCCCAGCAAAGCGUUUCUGGGUGUUGUUGAUAAAUGGCUUUGGCUUUGCAUAGGAUCAUGUUUUUGUUAUAUUCUGUUAGUUUUGGACUCCCUUGGUUCCUGUUUUUGUGCAACCUUGUUUGUUUUUAGUUACCAUGGGUCCUUAUUGUUUCCACCUGUCUCUGAUUGGUGCUCGGGACGCUCUCCUGUUUCCCCGAGCACUAAUCAGAGGCAUUAUUUAAGCCUGCCUUUGCCGGUCAGUCGGCCUGACUUCAUUGUUUGCUUCAUGCCCAGUUACGUGAGUAUUCCUUGUCUUUUGCCUAUGCUAAGUAGUAGCCUUAGCUUCCAGUGCGAUCAGCACGUUGUUCCGUCGGCUUGUUUUCUGUUUUGGCACUUGUUGGAGUUGUUUUUGAGAACAAAUCAUGUUCCUACCUGCACGUCCUGUCCGGAGUGGUCCGUUUGGAACGAACCUCGCAGCAAACUGUGACCCCCCCGCUCGUGACCCAUGGCAGAGAUUUAAAUUGCACUUACGGAUGUAGCGUCAACAUAGAGCAACUUAGGCGUGUGCGAGAGUUUCCAGUAACAAACGUGUCCGCAUCGCUCCACGUAAGGUGUCACAAUUUCUCUGGAAUUAUUCCACUUUGCAUCAGUCCAUCUUAGAUGAGCCAAGCGUUUCUGGGUGUUGUUGAUAAAUGGCUGUGGCUUUGCAUAGGAGAGUUUUAACUUGCACUUACAGAUGUAGCGGCCAACUGUAGUUACUGACAGUGAUAAUGAAUUAUUUGUGACCACUCCGCUAUUACCACUCCACUUCAACUUUUUAAAGACAGUUCUGUGUAAAACUUUGUGUACUCAUGGUAGAAAUACUAGUGAGUACUUUGCAAGAAUGUCAUGUAAAAUAACUGUUGUGAGUAAAAGUGAUGAAUAUUGUGUAUGAGUCUCUUUUCCUUUUGAUGCUUCUUCUCUUGACCCGCACACCUCUACGUCCAUAAAUCGUCAGCUCCUGUCAGGAGGUCCAAGGAUGCCAGACGGAGGGAAUAAACAGAGCCGACACCGGGCCCCCCACCACCAGGACCAUGUCCAAGGCGGCGGGAGCGUGCGUCCGAGCCGGGCUCCGCCUGGGAGCGCCCAGCAGGGCUCUGGCGGUGGCGGUGCCGGCACCCGGAGAGGGCAGGCGAGGUGCGGGAGGAGAGGACGGAGUGAGGAGCUUCCAGGAGAUCCCUCACACGGGCAGGAGCGGAUGGAUCAACCUGGUCCAGGUCUGGAGGGAGGACGGCUUCAGGCUGCUCCACAAGCGCAUGGAGAGGACCUUCCAGAACCUUGGACCUAUUUACAGAGAGAAGCUGGGCACCCAGAGCAGCGUGAACAUUAUGUUGCCUGGCGACGUGGCGCAGCUGUACCGCUCCGAGGGCCCGUACCCGCGGCGGAUGAUCCUGCAGCCGUGGGCGACGCACCGAGAGACUCGCCAGCACAGCAAGGGAAUCUUCCUCAAGAACGGUGAGGAGUGGCGCUCCGACCGCCUCCUCCUCAACAAGGAGGUGAUGGUGAGCGCCGCCGUCCGGCGUUUCCUCCCCCUGCUGGACCAGGUGGCCAGGGAUUUCUGUCGGAUGCUCGGGGACCGGGUGGAGGCCGCGGGCGGCAGACUGACGCUGGACCCCAGUCCGGACCUCUUCCGCUUUGCACUGGAAGCCAGCUGCCAUGUUCUCUACGGCGAGCGUGUGGGCCUCUUCUCCUCCUCGCCCUCGCUGGAGUCAGAGAAGUUCAUCAUGGCGGUGGAAAGAAUGUUGGCCACGACUCCGCCCCUCCUCUACCUGCCCACCUCCCUGCUGGAACGCGUGGGCGCCUCCCUGUGGACUCAGCACGCCGCAGCCUGGGACCACAUCUUCAGCCAAGCCGAGAGCAGCAUCCAGAGGGGCUUCCGGCGCUUGUCCUCCGAGAUGGCCGCCGGGACCAAGACAGACCAGUACAGCGGCGUUCUGGGACAACUGCUGGAGAAAGGACAGCUGUCUCAAGACCUCAUCAAGGCCAACAUCACUGAGCUGAUGGCUGGAGCUGUUGACACGGUGAGUGUGGGUCUCUGUGUGUGUGGGUUUGUGUGUGUUGAUGUUGUGUUGCCGUGUCCCCAGACUGCGGUCCCCCUGCAGUUCGCUCUGUUCGAGUUGAGUCGUAACGUGGACGUGCAGGACAGCGUGAGGCAGCAGGUGAAGGCGUCGUGGGCUCAAGCAGGCGGUGAUCCUCACAAAGCCCUGCAGGGGGCGCCACUGCUUAAAGGCACCGUGAAGGAGAUUCUAAGGUUGUAUCCAGUAGGCAUCGCUGUUCAGCGAUAUCCCGUAAGAGAUAUCAUUCUUCACAACUACAAGGUUCCAGCAGGGACCAUGGUCCAAGUGUGUCUUUACCCUCUGGGGAGGAGUGCAGAGGUCUUUGACAAGCCGCUGACCUUUGACCCUGGGCGGUGGGGGGUGGAGAGAGGAGGCGAGGAGGGGGCGGGCUUUCGCUCGCUGGCGUUCGGCUUCGGGGCGAGACAAUGUGUCGGCCGCAGGAUCGCAGACAACGAGAUUCAACUCUGCCUCAUGCACAUCCUGCUGAACUUCCACCUCAGUGUGUCGUCCUCACAAGACCUCGACACCAAAGUCACGCUCAUCCUUCAGCCCGAGACUCCACCCAGGAUCACCUUCCGGAAGAUCUGACACACACACACACACACACACACACACACACACACA